AUGGCUGGAUCACGGAAUCCCGAUCGCGUCCGAUUUUUGUCGAAUCGAACCGACGUCGAGCUUCCUACUCGUGCUUAUAGACUGACCAUUGACAAUGAACCUAGUCUCGGGAUUUCGAAACUACUUAAUCAGGAUCCCGAACAAUACGGGAGUAUCAAGAUCUUGCCCGAUUUCGUCCGAAUUUUGCCGUCCCGUCCCGAGCCCGUAAUAUCAGUUAGACUCGCACACCCCUACUAACGCGUGUCGCACUAUUAAUAUAUCUGACGCGUUUAACAACACUUCGGUCAUUCAGCUACGAGGCUCCACUAAAGUAACCGCAACAAAGUGUAACGGCUUCUGUUCACUACCACGGUGUCUAUCGAAGAUAUAUUACCUGUGCACCGACGUUCUUUGACUGUAACAAAUCACUGGGAUUUUAUUUCCACGAGGAAGCAAAAUGAGCAAGGAAGACUCGAAAGCACCGAAGGUUUCAUUUCCGUUAAAACCACCAGGACAAGCGAAAGUAUGGAACGUUGUCGAAGUUGCAAUCAAGGGUAGCGAUAAGCCGCCGAUAAAAUUCAGCAUUCAAGAGGUACCCGAGGACAGGUACGAAGAUGUCCUUGAUCACAUGUGCACCUAUUUCAUCGCCGAUGAGCCUAUAUGCCAAUGCACCAAUGGGAAAGAUGAUCCGGAGUUCGUGCUAUCCUUCCGACGAUUUUGGACAUCGAUGUUAGCCCAAGGUUUAACGGUCGGAGCCUUUACCGAGGACCCUAAUGGCGGCAAACCGAUCCUUGCAGGCGUAAACUUACUCGGACUGUCCUUCAAGGAUGAUGAUUCUAAUAUCGACGAAAUUGUCACGUCGGAAAGGGCGAAGCAAAUAAUCCACGUGAUGACGAAACUGAGUAAAACAGUUUGCCCAUUUGAGAAAUAUGGAAUAGACACAUACUUGACCGCUAUGGGUCUUUCCGUGCACCCGUCGUAUCGAGGAGCAGCUUUGGGCAAACAUAUUCUUCAGGCCAGGGAGUCCAUAGGUCGCGAGUACAACAUUUCGGUGACAGUAACAUGGUUCACAUCGCCGAUCUCGCAGACACUGGCGGAACGAUGUAAUUUCGAGAAUCUCGUCGUGAGAGAUUAUGAUGACAUCGUGGACGAGAAGGGGAACAAAAUUUUUCCGGGAAUUGAAUCGAAGAGGGUCAGAAUCAUGGGCAAGAGGCUUCUUUAAAGAUUUUG